GGUGCUGAGGAAAGCAGGUUGCUCGCCGAAGAGAAGCAAUCUGAGGUUACUAGAUUAAGCUCCGAAGCCGAGGAGCUUCGUAAGGAAUUGCAGGCGAGCUUGGCCCACCUGAAGAAAGCAGAAAGAAAGAGUUGCAGCUCGUGGACGAGCUGACAUUGUUGAGAUCGCAAACAGAGCAAGGCCAAGUUGCGCUUGUGGAAAGGUGCAAAGCGUUGGAGAGCAGUGUUGAAGAAAGCAAAAGGCUGGAGCAAGAGAGACAGUCUGAGAUAGCCAGGUUAAGUUCCGAAGCCGAAGACCUGCAUAAAGAGUUGACGGCGACGUUAUCACUGCUUGAGGAAAGCAGACAGAAAGAAUGUCAACUGACGCAGGAGGUGCAAUAUUUGAAGUCGGAGGUUGAGAACCAAAGUGCUUGCCUGAAUGCAGUGUGAAGGCCUAAAGAAGGAGGUCGAAGACCACAGGUUACUUGCCGAAGAGCGGCUUUCCGAGGUGGACAGGCUGACAUCCGAGGCUGAACAGUUGCGCAAGGAGCUGCAGACAAAUACGUUAGGACUGAGGGAAGCUAAACAAAGGGAGCAUCAGAUGAUGGAGGAGAGUGAGUCCUUCAAAUCACAAAUGGAGCAGAAGCAGAGUAUAUUUGAAGAACAGGUUAAGAAUCUCAAGGCGAAUAUUGAAGAAACAAGAAAACUAGCCGAAGAAAGGCAGUUGGAAGUCGGUAGACUGACGUCUGAAGUCGAAGACCUGCGGAAGGAGCUUGAUACAAGCUUAGUUCAGUUAGAUGAAAGCAGGCUGAGGGAAUCGCAACUGACGAAAGAGUUGCAGUUGUCUAAAUCGCAGACAGAGCAAGACCAUAGUACACUCGCUGAGCGGUGCAGAGCCCUAGAAAAAGAAGUUGAUGAAACCAAGCAGCUCGCAAACGAGAGGCAGUCCGAGGUUGUGAAAAUCGCCUCUGAUGUUGCAAGCCUUCAGAAGGAACUUGAAGUAAACAUAGCCCAGCUGAAGAAAAGUGGAGAGAGGGAAUCACAGUUAGCGCAAGAGCUGGAGCUGUUCAGAUCGCAAGCAAAGGAAGAGCAAACGUGCACUCAUUGAGCGAUGCAGAUCUCUAGAGAAGGAAA